AAAAAGAGGAAGACAGAGUUUGAGAGAGAGAGGAGAGGAGAAGGGGAGAGAGAGAGGAGUGAGGUGGUAGGGAGUCCACAGUCACCUCCUUUAUCUCAGCCUAACUUGCCUCUUCUCUUGCCAUUUCGCCCUCCUCUCUAAAUCAAAUCCCCUCUUUUCCAUUUCCCCUUCCCCAUCAUUUCUCAUUUCUCCCCAUUUUUUUUUUCCAUUUUCUAAAUUCUCUCUCUCUCUCUCUCACAACUGGUGUGGCUGGCUGGCUGUGUGUGUGUGUGUGUUGUUGUUUCCUCCUCCUCCCUCCAUCGAUCUCAGCUCUCAGAUGUGUUGCUCUCUCUACGCUCGGAUCCUCUCCCUCCUCUUUCACAAAUUCCGGUUAGGAUCAUCCCCCUCUUAAUUCCCCGAUGCCCAUUUCACCUAGGGUUUCCAUUUCUCUCGAUCUCGAAUGUAGGAAACGGGAAUUCAUGCUCAAGCUAAUCAGAUUUAAGCCUUUCUUUUGCGUGUUCCAUUAUUUCGAUUGUGUCAGCUUUUAGAUCAUCUCGACACUACGAUUGAGCUUUUUCCGAUUUUAAUUGCGAUUGCGGAUUUCCAGUUCGGGAGAUUAUUGAUUGCCGGCAAAAGGACCUGUCUUUUUUUUUUUUUUUUUUCCCUUUUGGUCGAUUCGCAGCUUCAAAUUUGGAUUUUUUUUUGGUUUUUCAUCUGCUCCAUCUUCUUGUGAUUCAGGUUGUCAAGCUACUCUUUGCAUGGUCUUUGCCUGUUUUGAUAGAACUUAAGAGAUGAGUCGAACAACAACUGACAGUGAAGAUGGACUGCUGUCUAAGGAUCAAAUUGAGUCACCAUUAAUGGAUGAGAGUAAUGGAGGAAUUGGAAAUGGCGGAAUUGUUCUAAAGAAAGGGCCAUGGACAUCGGCUGAAGAUGCAAUUUUGGUGGAGUAUGUUAAGAAGCAUGGGGAAGGAAACUGGAAUGCUGUUCAGAAGCACUCAGGACUGUUCCGCUGUGGCAAAAGCUGCCGUCUGCGAUGGGCAAAUCACCUAAGGCCGAAUCUGAAGAAAGGGGCAUUCACACCAGAAGAAGAACGUUUGAUUGUUGAACUCCAUGCAAAGAUGGGAAACAAAUGGGCGCGAAUGGCGGCACAUUUACCUGGCCGUACGGAUAAUGAGAUAAAGAAUUACUGGAAUACCAGAAUUAAGCGACGUCAGCGAGCUGGCUUGCCACUUUAUCCUCCUGAGGUCUGUUUGCAAGCAUUGCAGGAGAGUCAACAAGGCCAGUCCAGUGGUGCACUUAAUGGCACAGACACAGCACAUCAUGAUUCUCUGCAAACUAACAGUUACGAGAUACCUGAUGUUGUAUUUGACAGUUUGAAAGGGAACAGCUGUGUCUUACCUUAUGUUCCUGAGCUUCCUGAUAUCUCUGCAAGUGGCAUGCUGAUGAAAGGCCUUGGUUCUUCUCCAUAUUGUGGUUUUAUGCCACCAACAAUGCAUCGCCAAAAGCGUCCUCGAGAAUCAACAGCUUUAUUCCCUACUUCCGGUGGUAGCUAUAAAGAUGGUUUUCCCCAGUUCGACCAAUUUGAAAAUGAUGCUUGUGACAAAGUUGCUCGAUCGUAUGGGUUGUCUUUUCCUCAUGAUCCUGAUCCUACCACCAAGAGUCCGCUUUCUUUUGGUGUAAUUCAAGGUAGCCAUUCCCUUUCAAAUGGCAAUUCUUCUGCUUCCAAACCCACUUGCGGGGCUGUGAAGCUGGAGCUCCCUUCACUCCAAUAUCCAGAAACUGAUUUAGGUAGCUGGAGCACUUCUCCUCCUCCACCCUUACUUGAAUCAAUUGAUAAUUUUAUCCAGUCUCCUCCACCUGUUGGUGCAUUUGAGUCAGAUUGCGCCUCACCACGUAACAGUGGACUGCUAGAUGCUUUACUUUAUGAGGCAAAGACUCUCAGUAGUACAAAGAAUCAUUCAACCGACAAGAGUUCAAAUUCAUCUAGCGUUACUCCUGGGGAAGUGGCUGACAGUUCCACAUUGAAUGUUUGCGAGACAGAAUGGGAAGAAUAUGGCGACCCAAUUUCUCCAUUGGGUCAUUCUGCUACUUCGCUGUUCAGUGAGUGCACUCCUAUCAGUGCCAGUGGAAGUUCAUUGGAGGAAGUGCCACCUGCUGAGACCCUUACUGGAUCCAAUGUGAAACCUGAACCAGCUGACCACGCUUGGACACCUGAGAAACAAAAAGAAGCUUCACCUCCAUUGGAUUAUACUCGUCCUGAUGCGUUACUUGGUUCAGAUUGGCUUGAGCCAAGUACUGGGUUUAAAGACCAAUCAAUCAUGAAUGAUGCGAUUGCAUCACUUCUCGGUGAGGAUUUGGCCACUGACUACAAGCACAUGGCUUCUGGAACGUCUACAUCAAAUCAAGGGUGGGGUCUUGGUUCUUGCCUGUGGAACAACAUGCCUGCCGUCUGUCAAAUGACGGAUCUUCCUUGAGAAACGGCCCUGUUAAUUGUAUGAAGUUGAAACUUUUGUCCCCUAAUUCAUGUUGUUGAUUUGUCGACUGUGGGAAGUGAGUCCUGGCUAUGUCCUGGUCUGAGAGGCCAGUGGCGACUGAGACUUGUGGUCCUGUUUUGCGUGAUUCGGUCAUUGUUGUUUUUUGUUUGUGGUUCACUUGGUUUCUUUUCAAACAGUGCAAUGCAUGUAUGCCUGAACAGAACCAUAUGAUCGGGGUAUACGAUUGGUUUCUGGCUUUUCUUAUUAUUGUAGAAUAAUUAUGCAUUUAGAACAUGGAACGUUCUGAUACAAUGGGAAGGUGGUAUAAAUUUGCUCCA